GUGGAAAAUGUCUCGAAAUGCUGCCGGUGGUGGUUCGGGUGCGUGUGCGCUGCUGUAACGCGGGGAGAGAGGGGACGAUUCGGGGCGCCGGAGAUCUCCGGUUUCCCCAAACAAUAGUCGACAGGACGCGAUGGUCGCCUUUUUCUUUUUUUGAAACCGCAGGGAAGUUUAGGACCCUCAUCGGCCCUAUUGUUGUUCCCACAGAGGCCACGUAGCUCUGCGGGCCGAUUUCAAACGUGGGAGGACGAGCGUUGCGUUCGGGAACGUUUCCACAGGACUGAAUGAUCCGGGGAGAUGCGCAUGGAAGCGGCGAUCGCGUCCAGCUCGGUUGUAGGCCGAAGGUGGUGAAUGUUGGCCCUGGUUGGGGAUUUGAGUGCGUCCAUUCAUUUACUGUGAGGGCGUCCCGUCUGGAAAAGGAAAGGGGGAAGAACGGGAACAAGCAUUCGGGAUAAUUUGGCAUCAGGACGCGACCGGUGGGGCCUGGGAGUCUCCCAUUGUCCUGCGCCGCUCCAACACCCUCCUUUUCCAUUUUCUAGGUCGCACAACUCUUUCUGGUCGCCCUGAAUGCUCCGGGUUCCUCACAAUCACAGCCACCUCUGCUGUCCCCUGCUGCGACUCUCCUGCCCCCCUUCUCCUCUCUGAAGCCUCCCCUGAUCUUCGCCUCCCUUCUCCUGCUCCCUCCCCAUCGGCCUCCAAGAUAGAUUCCCUCAGGAGUAAGGUUGACCUGCUCAAGCUGCCCCUCGCUCUCUCCACCAAGUCCAUCUCCGAGCGCAAGAGCCAGCUGGGAGGAGUGGGCGAGCAGCGCGGCACGGGGGGAGGAGGAGGAGGCGGGGCUCGUAAAGCCCGCUCACCGCCGACCCGAGACAUGGACAACGAGUCGCAGUACUCGGGCUACUCAUACAAGUCCUCCCACUCCAGAAGCUCCCGCAAGCACAGGGAUCGGAGGGAUCGUCACCGCUCCAAGAGCCGGGACAGCAGCAGUCGUGGAGACAAAUCGGUCACCAUCCAGACUCCUGGGGAGCCGCUGCUGGAUGCAGAGUCGACCCGCGGGGAUGACAGGGAUGAUAACUGGGGCGAGACCACCACGGUCGUCACCGGCACCUCAGAGCACAGCAUCUCCAACGAGGACCUGACCCGCGUCACCAAAGAUCUGGAGGAGUCGACUCCGCUGGAGUGCAAGCGCUUCGUCGGCCCGGCUCUGGGAGGCUGCCUGAGCUUCUUCGCCCUGGUCACGCCUUUAGCCUUCCUCAUCCUCCCGCAGGUCCUGUGGCGUGAGGCCCUCGAGCCCUGCGGCACGCCCUGCGAAGGCCUCUACGUCUCCCUGGCCUUCAAGCUCCUGGUCCUGCUCAUCUCCUCCUGGGCGCUGUUCCUCCGGCCUCCUCGCGCCACGCUGCCGCGCUUCUUUGUUUUCCGCUGCCUGCUGAUGGUGCUGGUGUUCCUGUUCGUGGCGUCGUACUGGUUGUUCUACGGCGUGCGGGUGCUGGAGCCCAGGGAGCGGGACUACAGGGGGAUCGUGGAGUACGCCGCCUCGCUGGUGGACGCCCUGCUCUUCAUACAGUACCUGGCUCUGGUGCUGCUGGAGGUCCGGCACCUGCAGCCGGCCUUUUGCCUCAAGGUGGUCCGGAGCACGGAUGGGGCCAGCAAGUUCUACAACGUGGGCCACCUGAGUAUCCAGCGGGCAGCUGUCUGGGUGUUGGACCGUUAUUACAACGACUUCCCCGUCUACAACCCUGCACUGCUCAACCUGCCCAAGUCCAUCCUGUCCAAGAAGAUGACCGGCUUCAAGGUUUACUCUCUGGACGAAAACACCACCAACAACUCCACAGGCCAGUCCAGGGCCAUGAUAGCUGCCGCUGCCCGGAGGAGAGACAACUCCCACAACGAGUUUUACUACGAGGAGGCCGAGAUGGAUCGCAGGAUCCGCAAACGCAAGGCCAGGCUGGUCGUGGCGGUGGAGGAGGCCUUCACGCACAUCAAGCGUCUCCACGAAGACGAGGUCGCCUCGUCCCCCAAACACCCUCGGGAGGUGAUGGACCCUCGGGAGGCGGCUCAGGCUAUCUUCGCCCCGAUGGCGCGGGCCAUGCAGAAAUACCUGCGGACCACCCGGCAGCAGGCCUUCCACAGCAUGGAGAGCAUCCUCACACAUCUGCAGUUCUGCAUCACACACAACAUGACGCCGAAGGCUUUCCUGGAGCGGUACCUCUCCCCAGGCCCCACCAUGCAGUACCAGCAGCAGAAUGGCAGGGGGCGCCAGUGGACUCUAGUGAGCGAGGAGCCAGUGACCUCGGCCCUGCGUCAGGGUCUGGUCUUCUCCCUGCGACGCCUGGACUUCUCCUUGGUGGUCACGGUGACGCCGCUCCCCUUCUUGCGGCUCGGGGAGGAGUUCAUCGACCCAAAGAGCCACAAGUUCGUCAUGAGGCUGCAGUCGGAGACCUCGGUGUGAAGGCCGUCGCCCUCCUCGCGCUCGCCGCCGGCGGAUCGCUCCUGCGGCGGGACACGUGGAGGCCGUGCGGCCCGCUCCCAUCCAAUCAUUGCCCCCGUCUGUGACAAAGAAACCCUUCAAGGGGAGGAGGGUCUGAAUCCUCCUUCCUGUCUAAUGAUCAUCACAGAUGCUCUGAUAUCAGACUGUGAUCAGCUCGACGAUUGUCCGAACCUGGAGUUAACUCGAUGCCUUGACUUCUUCUUUUUCUGUGUUGUCACGUUUUUUUCAACACGCUGUAAAAACAAAGCAAAAAAACCCACCUUGUUUUCUAAAGGGGACUUUUUCUCUGUUUGCCUCUUCUUUUGCUGUAACCACUGGACUACUUUACUGUGCUGACUCAACACAUGAACACCAGAGGAGCGGGUUUACAUCAGAUCUGUCACUUCCUCUUUCUUGUGUCUUAAAAGCAGACCCAGAGCUCAGCUCUGACUGCUGGUGUACCACUGCCUUUUGGUUCCCUGUCAGAGACCAGGACUGUUUUUAUACUAAAGGGUGUGACUUUUUUUUUGUUUGUUUUUUUAACUUACAGAAUGUAGCAUUAUGUGCAUUGAAUUAACACGUGGCUUCUCUGCGGCCUGAAGGCCAAAAUUUCCUUUUAUUGGACCGUAAAGAAAAAUGGAAGUACAUUCCUGAACUGUUGCUACUCCAGACUCUGUGUGUUCACAACUGUCUAAAUAUGCAGCUCUUGUUUUAUUCUACACUGGCAUUUUUUACUAUUACUGUUACACGUUUAUCAAGAAGACUAAACAAAGACCUCUUUUACACCUGUUAUUAACAUGCAGUCUGUGUCUGCAUAUUUUAUCUGGAUCAGGAUGUUAAAGCACAGAUCCCAUGAAAAGACCAGAAAACCUACGAUGUGUCAGUCUGUCUCUAGAUACAUUCACUCCUAACGCACCCUAAAACAUCUGGACAGUGCAGUUUUUAGAAAACGGGACUAUAACAGGAGUAAAUAAUGUUUUUUCUGGCCACGAUUUUAAGCCGCUCAGUAUUUUACAGCAACAGGUAUAAGGAGGUAUGAGCUGGAUUAAUUUAAAAUGGAAUAGUUUUAUAUCAGGCUUUGGAUUGGCCAUUGCUUUUGUCUUUUCACAGGAUUUAUUGAGAAUAAGAAGCAUACAGGAUCUCUACCACACAUUUAUCUCUACGACAACUGAGCAACUCCAUCUGCGAUCUGCAUCUGAGACAUGUUUAUUGACCACAGUCUAAUAUAAUGUAUUUAUAAAAACAGGUCAGUUGAGGUUUGUUGGUCAUGUUUGUUAACUUUCGCAGAGCUCCAGCUACCUGAUUUGCACAUUUCUGUCCCACCACAAUGCAGAAUUGGGUCAAGCAGUAGACUUGGGGGUAAAUGCAAAGGCCUGUGAUCAGAUGUCAUUAUCCAGAUACUGAUCACGUGUUAACACCAGGUGUAAACGGGGUCGUGGUCUAUUUAACAAUGUGCACAGUCAGUCCUGAACAGGCAGCUGUAGUCAAACUACAAGCUGACUUCUCUGGUUUUUUGUGUUUUUAUGCAUUUCAACAAAACUCCCAAACCAGACGUGUGAUUGUAACUCCUCUCUGCAGCCGUAGCGUCUCACCGCCUCGCCUUGUGCCACGAGCUGAAACAGGCGCCGUGAGCACGCCGCCUCCAUCCCACAGCCUUACUCUCCACAUGUGGAGGACCAGCGACCAGGCACGCCUCACCUCACACUGACUCCUUCUCCAGGUCCUGAAAACUUACUGUAACGCUAAAACCCGCCCGAUGUUGAGACUUGAGCCCCUCUGUUGUAUCUACCUGCAGUAUGUUGAGCCACAACGCAGCUGUUUGUCUUUCCAGUGAAAACACAGUCUAAAAAGACCUUUAAUUUCUAAAAAAAAACUGUCCAAACACCAGGUCCGACGUGUGUGACAUUUCGCCCGAGUGAUCGGGAAUGCAGAUGUUUUUUUAAAAGAUGCAUGCUAGAGUUAUUUCGGGCUCCAAAAGGUUUUUAUAAUAAUUUGUUUUCUAUCAUUUUGAAGGUGCCUAAGUUAUGAUGAUGCAAUUUUCUGAAUGUUUUUACUUUUGUAAAACAAGUGGCUUGUAAAAAAAUGUAGAUUUGUCUUGUAUUUUCUUCCUUUUGGUAACUGUAGCUUGUAUAGUGUGUUAGGCAUUUUUCCAUUAUUAAACCAUUUAU